AUGUCUUUAGAACAACAGUGGAAUGAAGCAAUUUUAAGCUUAAAUCAAAAUAAAAAAGGUUUAGAAGGUUUAAUACAAUCGACAAAGGCUUGGUUGGUGGUCACUGGCUGGUUGAACCCUAGCAUUUAUAACAUCGAUCAAGAAAUACCUGCUGAUGUUAAAGAAUAUUUACAACAACUUAUACAAACUCCAUUAGCUAAACGUUUGGUUGAAUGGUACCUCGAUGCCAUUUGUCAAAAUUUUAGAGAAUGUUUUGAUAAGAAAUUUCAUCAAUGGCGUGAAGCGUGGAUACAAUUACAAAAAGAGAAUAUUAAUUCUUCCGAUAAAGAUCAAAUAUUUGACGAUUGGAUAUGUAAAUCUUACACGGAUUUUAUAAAUAGUAUUUAUUCUCAUUUUAACAAAUGUCAACAUCCAUUACUACUUAUGGCGGCAAGGUUGGAUUAA